AUGGAACAGAAGAGAUCCAGGGGCAAGAGAAAUGAACCACCACCAACCACACAUACCAAAGGCUGGUCUUCAUCCAAGGAAGAGACGACAGGCACUGACCUGUGCUGUUCACACACCAGAGACCCGAACCCCGUUAUUUGUUCGACCACCAAGCAGUCUCUCCACACCUCCACGAUCAGACGACCACCCGACAGCAGACACUGCGGACACAGGACCCGGCUCCACACACCCCCUCCCCAAACAGCAGCGCGCAGCCUCUUCAGCAACCGAGAGGUAGGGGAGGGGGCACUCAGGCAGUCAAUAGGAACGCAGAGGCCACGGCGAAGCUGCUCAGAGUGUCUAUGUCCUUUCUGUUGCCGCUCCCGAGCUCAGGUACGGUCUCCGAUUCGGCCCCCUGCGCCCGCUCAGUGUCACUGCCUCUUGCUCUGGGAAAAUGGCGGCGACGGCGGCGGCGGCCGCGGCGGCGACGGCGGCGGCGGCGGCCGCGGCGGCGGCGGCCAGUGCACGGGGCCCGCCCGCCCCGCUCCGCAGGGGCAGAGGGGGUGGGGACGAAGGUGCCCGCCGCCAUUUUGCUUGUGGGCUGCCGCCCUCAGCCGUUGCAUUUCUCGAAGUCCCAAGAUAGGCAACGGGAGGCGGAGAAGUGGACAGAAUAUGUCUUUUUCACAAAAGAUACAUUCAACAAUUCACCGAAGGUUUGGGGAAAUUUCGGUAUUUGGUUAUGAUGGCUGGUAAUUUAACCAACGAACAACGAAAGUGGAUACUUAAACAAUACUGGAAGACAGAGAAUGCUGAAAAGGUUAGACAGAAGUGGGCUGAAGAAUUUGAUACACCUUCACCAAGUAGACAAACAAUUUACAGAAUACGUGAUAAAUUUGAUAAAACUGGGUCCAUCUGUAAUGCUCCAAAAAGUGGUCGGCCAGUCAGUAUCACCACCCAGGAAAAUGAAAUGUUAGUAAGUCAGGCAUUUACGGAGAGUCCCAAAAAAUCAAAACAAAGAGCUUCUAUUGAGUUAGGCAUUUCCUGUAGAUCUUUGAGUCGUAUUAUGCAACGUUUAGGUUUGAAAAUGUAUCGACCAAGAUUGCUUCAUGGGUUACUAGAGGAUGAUACAGAUCGCCGUUUACAAUUCUGUGAAGUGGUUCUCAAUGAAGAAAGACAAGGCAAUAGCAUCAUUGAUAAAAUUACAUGGUCUGAUGAAGCUCAUUUUAAACUUUCAGGUGCUGUAUGUCGACACAACUGUGUCUACUAUUCAAGAGAAAAUCCCCAUGUAAUGAUAGAAGGACAGGUAAAUGAGCCAGGGGUUACAGUUUGGGCUGGAUUUUCAUGUAAAGGGGUACUUGGACCUAUUUUUUUUCAUACAACUGUUACCCAUGAUCUCUACCUUAACAUGCUAAGGGACACUGUUUUACCACAGUUACAGAGACAACAUGAUAAUGAUGACUACUUCUUUCAACAAGAUGAAGCUCAUCCACACUGUGCCAUAACAGUGCAUGAGUUUCUUGAUGAACAAUUACCCAACAGGUGGAUAGGUCAACAAGGGCCAGUGGAAUGGCCACCACGAUCACCAGACCUCACCCCAAUGGACUUCUUCUUUUGGGGUGUUGUCAAAGAUAAAGUCUUUUCACGAAAACCACGUACUAUGGAUGAUAUGAUUUGCUGCAUAAGAGAAGCAUGUCAAGAAAUCGAUGACAAUAAAGAACUCUGUGCUAAAGUGUGCUCAAAUAUAGCAAGUAGACUACAAGAAUGUGUAAAUAAUGAAGGCCGGCAAUUAGAGCAGUCAUGAGAUUGUACCUAAGUGUGUUGUGACAUUUCUUUUGCGUUAAUAAAGCUACUGUAAUAAUCAUAA